AUGGUCAAUGGUCCUACUCGGACGGAACUUGGUCUCUGGCGCAGUAAGACCGAUAAUAAGACCGAUCGAAAGAUUACGAAUUUCAUUCUUUCGGCUCUUUCGAUUUGGCCCCUUAGGCGAGUCGAAUUUUAUUUCGCUUUCUUUUAUCAUUCUUUGGCGGUCCUGGUGGUAGGUCUCGGCUAUACUGAUUCUUGUUCCUCAGGCGAUUAG